ACAAGUCUUUAAUUCCCUUUAUAAUCUCCAACACCUCUUCUUCAAAGUUCCUCUCUCUCUCUCUUCACCUCUCUACAAAUAUUUGAAAGAGAAAAAAAAGAGCAAAAGCUUCAUUCCUAAUCAAUGGCUUCCGCCAUUAAGAAAGGGAACAUGAUUACUCAAAUCGUAAGGCUAAAACAAGUCGUCAAACGUUGGAAAAACAAGUCCCUUAAGCGCCGCGGUGUCCUCUCGUACUCCUCAUCCGAUUCAGACGAACCGGCAUUAUCCGGUUCGGACCGUCGUACGCCGUCAGGAUCAUUGGCGGUUUACGUGGGGCCAGAACGCCUCCGGUUCGUGAUUCCGACCCGGUUCUUGAACCUCCCCGUGUUCAUCUCGCUGCUCGACAAGGCAGAGGAGGAAUUUGGGUACCAGAGUACGGGUGGGUUAGUUUUGCCUUGUGAAGUCGACUACUUUUCGGAGAUUUUAAGGUUACUGGACCGGGGUGAGGAGCGGUUCGGUCAUUUGGAUUUGGAUGAGCUUGUUAAACUGAUUUCUGAAGUGGGGUUUGAAUCUUUAGAUCAGUCUUGCAAAGAAGCUGCUUCCCAUGGUUUUGCUCCUCUUCUGCAGAAUGCUAGGGUUUAAACGGCUUUUUAUUUAUUCUAACAAAUGCCCAGGGCCGGGUUCGGUUUUUUCUUCUUCUUUUUUAAUUACUGUAAAUGGUGGUGGAUUGGUAAAUGGGGUCCACAGCUAUCUGACCUAGGCAGUUUUCAUUUUUGUUUAUUUUAUUUUUCUUAUUUUUCAACCAUCCUUGAACCCAGAAUUUAAUAUCUGAAGCUUUGCUGGGUUCCAAUGAGAUGUGGGUGAAUUUUUUUUUUAGGUUAGUUAGUGCUAUUUUCCCCAAACAAUUAAUAUUUGUUUUGGUGGUGGUGACAGAGAGGCAGAUGAGUGUUAUUGUAUUAUUAUCAUUAUUAUGACGAUGAUGAAAAAAAAAUAG